UGCACCGGAAGAGUUUAAAUGUUGCACAGGGCUGUGUUACAUGACCGAGCACGGCUGGUUAGAAAACUGUUGAGGUUGUAUGGAGUAAGAUGACCGUUGGUCCGAGAUGUCUCCAACAGCAGGACGAGUUGUCAGUGGUCUGAGCCGAAGGAUCCUCAGCAGCGGACCGUUGAUGAAAAACGCGCCAGCCACCGUGGGUGCGAGGUUCCUAGCGUUGAGUUCUCAGGCAAGAUCAAAACCCUCUGAAGAAGAUGAAGUGGUCAAAAGCGAGCCCAUUAAAUUCUCCACCAGUAAAGCCAGUCACAGGACCUGGAAAGUGGACCGCUCCAUGGGCAGCCAGUAUGAGAGGCCUUGGUGGAAAGUGGUUCCCAUCAGCCUCGGCUUGACUGCUUUUCUGCUGUGGUGCGCCCUGAGGGAGGAGACGGACGUUGACGCACAGCUGGAGAAGCGGCUGUAUGAACAUUUACCCAGUUUGGUUUCAGAUGAAUCAGAAGAUGGAAAGUGACAUUUGAAAUAAGUGACAUGAGUCUCGUUUUUUGAGAUAUUUAUUCAGACCUCAUGAAAGUUGUGUAGAUUGAUCAAUACAAGUGUGCCCGUCCUUUGCUCCAAAUGAAAGAUUUGUCAUGCAUUUGCCAUUAACUUGAAUUAAAAUUUUGUUUUGGAAUGGAUGUAUUUUAAAACAAAUACAGGUUCCUGCUUUUUCAAGCUGAAAUGGUUUAGAUUCACAUUGAAUAUAUGCCACUUCAGGAGUUUUGAUGCAAGAACUCAAUACCCCUGAACCAUAAGCGCAUGCGGAACAGUAACCUUUAUAUGAAAAUCAUACCACUUUCCAAACGGAAUCCUAACCAUGGGUGAAAUUUGUUUUACAGCUUAUAAUCCUGUUUUUAAAUGACCACAGAUACAAGGUCAAAUCUGUUUUUUAUUUAAUCAGUUCUGUUACCAGGGGACACCUCAGAACAAGUCGAGUACGCUGAUGUGAUUUGUAAAAGGUAAUUUGGAAUAUGUGGCAGCUCUAUUCAAUGUAGGUUUGGUUUUGCCAGUGUAUACGCCAGCCCAU